GAGAAAGUAUUUAGUUGCUUGAAGCAGCCAAUGUUAAUAAUAGGAUUAAUUACUUUCAAAUAAAACGUUUAAAUUUUAUAAUAAACGUUUAGUUUUCGUCAUACGCCAUGGGUAAUCAGCUGGUAGGAAUAGCUCCAAGCCAAAUUUUUCCAGUUGAACAUUAUUUGACAGAUCACAGUGAUCUUAGAUUUGAUAUAAGCUUGGGAAGUACAAGAUUUUUUAAGGUAGCUAGAGCUCAAAGUCAAGAAGGUUUACUUGUAGUGAAAGUAUUUGCAAUACAUGAUCCUACUUUGCCUUUGCUAUCCUAUAAAGAUAAAUUAGAAGAUAUAAGAUCAAAACUAGCCUCUGCUGUAAAUUGUUUACCAUUUCAGCGAAUGAUUUUGACAGAAAAAGCUGGCUUUAUUAUGAGAGAGUACAUGAAGUAUUCUCUAUAUGAUCGCAUUAGUACUAGACCUUUUUUAUCAAUUAUAGAAAAAAAGUGGAUUGCAUUUCAAGUAUUAUAUGCUUUGCAUCAAGCACAUAAAUUUGGUAUCUGUCAUGGAGAUAUUAAACUUGAAAAUAUUAUGAUAACUAGUUGGAAUUGGGUUCUUUUAACAGAUUUUGCGAGUUUUAAACCAACAUAUUUACCAGAAGAUAAUCCUGCUGAUUUUUCUUAUUUUUUUGAUACAUCUAGAAGAAGAACUUGCUACAUUGCACCUGAACGUUUUGUUAAAACAUUAACUACAGAGUUUAAUAAUACUUUACUUUUUCCUGAACAAGAGCUUAAAACAGGUGAUUUACAUCCAAUGAUGGAUAUUUUCUCAGCAGGUUGUGCUUUAACAGAAUUAUAUAAUGAAGGACAUCCUCCAUUUGAUUUUUCCCAACUUUUGGCUUAUAGAAAUGGUGAAUAUUCUGCAAAUAAACAUCUUGAUAAUGUAGACGAUUUAGGGAUUAGAGAGUUGUUAACUUCGAUGAUAGAAAAGAAUCCAGUGAAUCGCAAAAGUGCUGAACUUUACUUAUCUCAAGCACGUGGAAAAGUAUUUCCAGAAUAUUUUUAUGGAUUUUUACAAUCAUAUAUGCAGAUUUUCUCAGCUGCCCCCAUUCUGUCACCUGAUGAGAAAAUUAACAGAUUGAAAAAAGAUAUUAACAAUAUUACUAAUAUGUUUAAAAAACAAAAUAAAAUAAAGGAACAAGUCUUAGAAAAUUUUAAGUUAAGAAAUGAUAGAAACAUAAACUUUGAAAAAGUUAUUUUUGAUCAUAGUAAAAAAAAUAUUAUUACAAAGAAUGAUAGUGAAAAGAAUUUAGCGAAAAUUAAAAUAGAGAUAAAAGAUAUUCCGAAAUUAAAUGCAUCAAAUUCUUUAAUAAAUGAUAACUGGGACAAUAGUGUAAAAACAAAAAAUUGUAAAAACAAUUUAGAAUCAAUUAAUACCGAGGAAGGUUUAGUUAUUAUAACUCAACUUGUCACCUCUUGUAUACGAGGAUUACAUCAUUCACAGUCUAAACUUCAAAGUCUUGAAAUAUUACUUGAGUUAGCUGAUAAUACAUUUGAAGAAACAAUUUUAGAUAGAAUUUUACCUUUCAUUUUUCAUUUAGUUCACGACCCAUCACCAAGAGUCAGAGUAUCAGCUAUUCAUACAUUAACAAAAUGUCUUUAUCUUGUGAAAACGAUUCCACCAUCAGAUAUAAAUAUUUUCCCAGAAUACAUAUUCCCUGGAUUAGCUCACCUUACCCAAGAUGAGGCAGUAAUUGUCAGAGCUUCAUAUGCAGAAAACAUUGCCCAUUUAGCUCAUAUUGCCCUUCAAUACUUGGAAAAAUCUCACGUUUCAACAAUAGAAAAUAAAGAAAUAUUGAGAUCAAGUUAUGAUAUUGAACUUCAGACUUUGCAUGAAAUGGUACAACAAUCAGUGUCAAUGCUAUUAACAGACCAGCAAAAUUUAGUAAAACAAACUUUGAUGGAAAAUGGUAUAAAUAAGUUAUGUGUUUUCUUUGGUAAACAAAAAGCAAAUGAUGUUUUAUUAAGUCAUAUUAUUACAUUUUUAAAUGACAAAGAUGAUAAGCAAUUAAGAGGAUCUUUUUUUGAAUGCAUUAUUGACGUAGCUGCUUAUGUUGGGUGGCAUUGCAGUCCAAUAUUGAUGCCUUUACUUCAACAAGGAUUGACAGAUCCAGAAGAAUUUGUAACAACUAAAGCUAUUAAUGCAAUGGCUACAUUAACAGAACUUGGACUUUUACACAAAUCAGCUUUAUAUCAAUUACUUCUGGAAACUGUAGUUUUUUUAGUGCAUCCUAAUUUAUGGAUUAGACAUGCAACUGUUGGAUUUAUAUCAGCUGCAGCACGAACUCUCAAUAUAGUUGAUGUACAAUGUAAAGUUCAGCCAAUGAUACAGCCAUAUUUAAAGAAUCAUCUUAUACAAAUAGAAACAGAAGUUUUACUAUUAGAAGCAUUAAUCAGUCCAAUACCUCACAUAGUUUUUGAUUCUGUAAUAAAAUACCAUGAUAUCGAAGAACUUUUUCAUGUUUUUGAACAAAGACAAGCUGCCAGAGCUAAAGCUAUCACUGGUAUAGUUCCACAAUACAAUGAUAUGAGUACAGCCUUACGUAAUCUGUUUAGGCGUCUAAAUUCUGAACCCAUGACUGAAACUGUUGAAGAUCAAUUAAUAAUGAUGAAAUCUCAUUUGCUGAAAAUUAAUAAAUACCGUAAUUUAGUAGAUGCUAAGUUUCAACUCUCACCUUCAGAUGGCAAAAUAGAGCUUGGAUCAAUGAAACAUAAAAUUAGUCACCAUAUUCUUAUACUUUAUCCUGAUAUCAAAGGAGACAUAAGUCUUCCAUCAAUAAAAAAAUUAGAUCGCAAAACAUCUGACAGUACUGCUACUUAUGCAACAAUGAAUCAGGAAUGGCGCACAAUGUUUGCUGCUCAUAAUAUGCAGCAUUCUGUUGUAAAAAUUUCUGAUAUGUCUACAAACAGUGGUAGCCCAUGUCAAAGUAUUCAUAGUAGUGAAAUUUAUCUGUCUCCACAACAUAGUUUAACAGAAACUAUGACUAGUAUCAAUGAUCACUCACUUCAUGAACGUUCUUAUAUACAAUACAGAUGUGCACCUUGCCGAUUAGAACUUAGACAACUUAUAUACAGAAAGCAAGAACAACAUGCGUCAGGCAUAAGAGCUCAACAUUGGGCUGACAAUAUUGCUUGGCAAGCGGGUUGUAGGUUACUGCCUAGUGGUUGGCGGCCACGUGGAGCUCUUAUAGCUUAUCUUCACGAGCAUAGAGCAGCUAUAAACCGAUUAAUUUCAGUGCCAGAUACUAGCCUCUUUGCAAGUAGUUCAUCAGAUGGUUGCAUUAAAAUUUGGGAUGCUAGUAAAAUGGAAGGACGAAACAUAGCUAAUCGUUCACGGCAAACUUAUGUGCACAGAAGUGGACCUUUGAUCGGCCUUGUUGUUUGUGAACAGGGCCAAUCAAUAGCAAGUACUGCUAGCCAGUCAGGCACUAUUUUCGUACUAAGAAUUGAAUCUAAUUCUAGUAAAAUGAAUGUUACAUACUCUAGACAACUUGAUUUACAAGAAGAAGGCUGUGCUGUAGAUCUUCAAUAUCUAGAUUCAGGAUCACAAUCAGUAUUAGUUUAUGCAACUCUUUACGGUUCACUGAUAGGUUGGGACUUGAGAUGUCCUGGAACUGCUUGGAGAUUGGAAAAUGACUUGAAACAUGGUGUUAUUACUUCUUUCUGCAUAAAUAAUUAUCAGCAAUGGUUGACACUGGGCACAAGUUCUGGAGUACAUAUUUGUUGGGAUUUAAGAUUUCAAUUACCAAUUAGUAAUAUUAAACAUCCCACUGGAGCACGAGUUAGAAGAGUCAUAACCCAUCCGAUAGAACAUUCCUGGAUAAUAUCCGCAGUUCAAGGAAAUAAUGAAAUAUCUAUGUGGAAUUUAGAGACAGGUUUCCGUCAAAUGGUUCUAUGGGCAUCAAGUGCACCUCCUUUGAGUCACUCACAAGGUGGACACAGCGUUUGUGCUAUGCAUUCUGCAUGCAUAGAUCGUUCAGGAUUUUUACUGGCUAGCGGUACCGAUAUGAGAUUACGAUUUUGGAAUUUACAAACACCAAAUGAAUCCUACGUUGUUCUACCUGCAGCUAACGAUUCCCUUGCGUCAAACUCUUUAGCAUAUGAGCAAAGGCUGAUAGAUGGAACAAAUGUAGUACAAGAAGUGCUAGCAAGUGGAAUAAAUGGCCAAAAUUCUAAUAGUACUUCAGGUAUUCGUAGUCGAAAUAUUGAAGAAGGCGGUCCUGGCCCAGAGACACUUCAUCCUGGUCAUCAUGAUACUAUUUCAGCAAUCACUAUGUCAAAUACAUGUAUACUUACCGGUAGUACAGAUGGUCUGAUACAAGUGUGGAAGUGAUUUUAAGUAAUAAAAAAAAAUUAUUUAUAUUCUGAGCAAAAAUCAUAUAAGAC